CAUUGCGGGAGGAAGUGAAUGAGUCGUGCUAUGGAUAUGACGAGUUGAAAAUAGUGCUUUUGAACAGUUUUCAGCAGAUGUGGAGGCAAGUAAUUCUGAGCACAGCCAUAGUUGGUAGAGUUUCUCUGAGUUGGAGUUACAGAAGCCUUUUCACCAUGCAGCUGAAAACAAAAGACUUUCAGUCAUUAUUCACAGAUGGGCUGAAAGGCAUAGCAGAGAUGUUUGAGAAGAACAAGUAUGAGCUGAGAAUAGCAGGGGGUGCCGUGCGAGAUCUCUUGUCUGGAAAACAGCCCGAGGAUGUGGACUUUGCCACCACAGCCACCCCUGAUGAGAUGAAAAGCAUGUUUCAGGCAGCAGGCAUCAGAAUGAUCAACACUAAUGGAGAGAAGCAUGGUACCAUAACAGCAAGGCUGCACAAUCAGAAUUUUGAAGUAACCACGUUGCGGCUUGAUGUUGUGACUGAUGGAAGGCAUGCAGAGGUGGAGUUUACCACCGACUGGCAGAAAGAUGCAGAGCGCAGGGACCUCACCAUCAAUUCCAUGUUUUUAGGAUUAGAUGGAACCCUGUAUGAUUACUUUAAUGGAUACGAAGACCUCAAGAACAGAAAGGUCAAGUUUGUGGGAGAUGCAUCCCAGAGGAUCCAGGAGGAUUACUUAAGAAUUCUCCGAUAUUUCAGAUUUUAUGGGAAAGUGGCAGAGGAGCCUGGAGAUCAUGACGCGGAGACACUGAAGGCAAUAAAAGAGCAUGCCAAGGGCCUGGCUGCCAUCUCUGGGGAGAGGAUUUGGGUCGAAUUGAAAAAGACUUUGAUGGGCAACCAUGCUGCUCAUUUACUCUUCCUUAUUUAUGACCUUGAAGUUGCCCAGUACAUUGGGUUACCCGUGGAAGGCAAUUUAGAAGAGCUGGACCGAGUGUGGAAUCAUGCCCAUCGGUGGUCUCCGAAGCCCAUGACUGUCCUGUCUGCACUAUUCAGGGACACACAUGAUGUGGACAGGCUUGACCUCAGGUUAAAGAUCUCAAAAGAGGAGAAAACCCUGGGAUUCUUUCUGGUGAAGUACAGGAGAGAUUUGUUGAAGGCAUCGGAUGAAUUGAAGCCUUACACAGACUUCAUUAUAGAUUCUAGGGAGCCAGAUGCACAGAGCAAGGUCUGUGAGCUCCUGAAGUACCAGGGAGAGGGAAAGUUGUUGGCUGAAAUGAAAAAAUGGUCAAUUCCUCGCUUUCCAGUCAGUGGCCAUGACCUGAGGAAAAUGGGUAUGUCUUCGGGCAAGGAGAUAGGGACAACAAUACAGUCACUGAGGGAAAUGUGGAAAAAGAGCCACUAUCGAAUGAACAAGGAAGAGCUACUGAACAGUGUCAAGAAAUUAUGAACAGGCAAGCUUUCCUUGUGUGCUCCUCUUCAAACUUAAGACAGCAAUUGGAAACUGCUCUUGUCUGACUUGACCUGCCACUGACGCAUGUGUGCAUAUUGGAAGUCAAAGCCUAAAGGAGCUGCUCACGUGACGAUACAGGAAAAUCAUUCACUGUAUGAUAGUGUGAAAUGAAAAAAAGUUGUUAGCAGAUUCUAGAGUAAAUUUUUUUUGUGUGUUUAAAUGGCUUGCAAGAUUUGAGAACUUCUUUUUGGAUUGUCCAUGUCAUAAACAAAUGUAUAUAGUGAAACCUGGUGAAUGGAAUGUAAGUCUGUCCAUGAAGCACCUGGUUUGUUCAUGUGUUACAAUAAUACAGAUUUUUUUUGUUUCCACGAACGUACAAGAUCUUUAACCACUGUUGCCUUACCCCCAAGAGUAUUCAAAGGUAAUAAAAGCUAAAGCAGUGUCA